AUGUGCGCGUUGCUUCAUACUGACAAAGAUGUCUCAAAUGCAGAAAAUUGUUUACCACCUGAGAUGGAACUCGGUAACAUCGAAUAUAAAGUCAAAUUAGUUAACCCAUCUUCAUCACGUCUUCAACAUUUGAUCACACAAAUGAAAUGGCGUUUGCGAGAAGGACAAGGCGAAGCUAUCUAUGAGGUCGGUGUGGAGGACGGAGGCCAGAUGAGCGGCCUGUCUGAUGCAGAAUUGGAAGCUUCACUCACCACUCUUAGAACUAUGGCAAAUGCUCUUGGUGCCAGCAUGGUUAUUUUGACCGAAAGAGACGUAACCCCUCGUAACACCACAUCACGACGAAGAGUAGUUGAAGUGCUGGUCCGCAAGGUUCCUGAAAGUCAACAGUUCAUAGAGUUGAGGUUGGCCGUUCUAGGCGGUGUUGAUGUAGGCAAAUCCACAUUAUGUGGUGUGAUGACUCAGGGUGUGCUUGAUGACGGAAAUGGUAAAACUCGUCUAAAUCUUUUUAGGUGA